GUAUUAUAUGGACGUUCUUCCGACGUUGAAGUAAGUUGUGAAAUUUAAAAACUUCUAGCUCAAAAAUGUCAACGCCGGGUGAAGAGGACAGAAACUCCGAGGAUGCUGCACCUAUAGGAUCGUUCCGUAACUUAAAAAUUUCAAGUGGUGGACAGGACAAGAAGUCUGAUGUCUCACCUGAACAAACUGCUGUUUUAUCCUGUGGCCAUCAAAUGCCAUCGGAUUACUUGAUUUCAUGGUGCAAGUACUGUCUUAAAAAGAAGAAAACGGAAUUUACUUGUCCAAGAUUUGAUGAGUACAAGAAAGGCAUAUGUGGCAUGAAAUUCUCCUACGAGGCUUUGUGCCAUUCAGUGCAACUAACACCCUCGCUGAAGGAAUUCUUUGAAGAGAGACUUGGAGCGUUAACUGCAGCAAGAUACUGUGAAUUUAAAGCUUGUCCAGGAUGCGAGUCGUAUGUAGAGAGAGCUGAUCAGAAGAACCUGUGUGUUCGCUGUACCGUGUGCACUGCCAAGAAUGGACGCUCGUUUGAGUUUUGCUGGAACUGCAGGCAGAAAUGGAAAGGAGCAGUGCAAAAUACUGUGCUCUGUGGCUACCCUGACUGCAGCAAGACAGAGACUUCUCAAACAAUGAGAGAUUUGCCAAAGUUGUGCCAACCUGGAUUCAAAGAACAAAAGCUUCAGAAAGAGGAGAUCUAUACAACAAUGGAGAAAUCCAGUGACCGAAAGCGACUGGCUAUGAUCAUCAACAAUGUUGAAUUCAGAAAUAGCCGGUAUAAUCGUAGGGGAGCAGAGAAGGAUGAAAAGAGUAUGGUGACUCUGCUUGAUGCUUUGGGUUAUGAUGUAAUCAUACUAAAUGACCUGUCUGCAGAGAGCAUGGAGGCUGCCUUGAGAGACUUCUCGCACCAUGAUGAACACAGAUAUUCAGACAGCACAUUUUGUGUCAUAAUGUCCCAUGGUGGACUUGACGGGAUUUAUGGCAUCAAUAUUGCUGAAAAUGACGAUGACAUUUUGCCUGUGGACAAAAUCUUCCACUAUCUCCGUUCCGAGAACUGUCCUGGACUAACAGACAAGCCGAAAAUCAUUCUGAUUCAGGCAUGCAGAGGAGAUAAAGAAGGCCAUGUGUGGGUGUGUGACAGUGUAAAGUCCACUAAAGGAAUAAAACAACACCGUGAGAAAGAUUUUGCCUGCUUCAGAUCCUGUACACCAGACACAGUAUCCAUCAGAAAUACAGGCACUGGGUCAAUCUUUAUUCAAAGUCUUGUGAAAAUCUUUACUGAACAUGCUCAUGAGGACGACAUAGUGGAAAUGUUUAGGAAGACCCAAUCUAGGCUUGAAAAAGCAGCAAAGACAGAAGAUUUUCCUUAUCAAAUGCCAAGUUUGGACAGAACCACCCUUGUAAAGAAAUUCUACCUGUUUCCUGGACUUUGACACAAGCAUAUGGUUACUUCCACAUAUUCAGGAAUUAGUCUUUAUACAACCUAUAAAUAAAAAAAAAACAGAUGGAAUUACACUUCACAAAUCUGUACACAAAUCUGUAUCUGAAUAAAUCAAAAGUGUUACAGUUAAUUAUUAGUGUUAUUGGUCUGUGUUUGCAAAAAAUACAAGAAAAAGUAAGUCACAAUAAUUCAACAAUAUUUUGAAUAUGUUUUCUUUACUGUCAGAAUUCAGUAGGCUGUUUUAUUGGUUAUUUUGAUAUGCCAUUGCUCACAGUGUAGCUAUCUGACUUCUAUUCAUGGAGUAAAUAAAAUCAAAAUAAUAAAUGUUAUUACCUAAUAGUGCAUGUACAGUCGGGCAAAAAAGUAUUUAGUCAGCCACCAAUUGUGCAAGUUCUCCCACUUAAAAAGAUGAGAGAGGCCUGUAAUUUUUAUCAUAGGUAUAC